GGGCCCACCCACUCCCGCUCCCCGCUCGCUCCGAGGCCGGGCCGGGCGCCGCUCGGCUUCCUCAGGGCCGGGACCAUGACCCAGGCGGAGAAGGGCGAGGCGGAGAACGGCAAGGACAAGGAUCGCGACCGCGAGCGCGAGCAGCGCGGCGCCAAGCGGCCCAUCGUCCCCGCCGCCGUGCCCGAGUCCCUGCAGGAGCAGAUACAGAGCAACUUCAUCGUGGUCAUCCACCCCGGCUCCGCGACACUGCGCCUCGGCCGGGCCACGGACACGCUGCCGGUGGGCAUCCCGCACGUCAUCGCGCGGCGGCAGCGGCAGCCCGGGCAGGCGGCCUGCAGGGACAGCUGGCUUCUCAGGGACGGCCUCAAUAAACCUGAAAGUACUGAGCAGAGACAAAAUGGCCUUAAAAUGGUGGACCAAGCAAUAUGGUCCAAAAAGAUGUCAAAUGGUGCGAGGCGUAUACCAGUGUCACCUGACCAGGCCAGGUCAUACAACAGACAGAUGCGACCAGCUAUUUUAGAUCACAGCUCUGGGGCAAAGUGGACAAACACAUCAAAUCAUCCAGAAUUUUUGGUAGGAGAAGAGGCACUAUAUGUUAAUCCACUGGAUUCUUAUAAUAUACAUUGGCCUAUUAGAAGAGGGCAGCUGAAUCUCCACACAGGGCCUGGUGGGUCCCUCACUGCAGUAUUAGCAGAUCUUGAAGUGAUAUGGUCCCAUGCAAUACAGAAAUAUCUGGAAAUACCACUAAAAGACCUAAAGUACUAUAGGUGCAUUUUACUAAUUCCAGACAUCUACAAUAAACAGCACGUGAAAGAACUGGUGAAUAUGAUCCUAAUGAAGAUGGGCUUUUCAGGAAUUGUAGUACACCAGGAGUCUGUCUGUGCUACUUUUGGAAGUGGAUUAAGCAGUGCGUGUAUAGUAGAUGUGGGAGAUCAGAAGACAAGUGUUUGCUGUGUAGAAGAUGGUGUUUCCCAUCGCAACACCAGGCUGUGCCUUGCAUAUGGAGGAUCUGAUGUGUCGAGGUGUUUUUAUUGGCUUAUGCAACGAGCAGGGUUUCCAUACAGAGACUGUCAGUUAACUAAUAAGUUGGAUUGCCUUCUGCUUCAGCACCUAAAGGAGACAUUCUGUCAUCUAGACCAGGAUAUUUCUGGAUUGCAAGACCAUGAGUUCCAAAUUCGGCAUCCGGAUUCUCCAGCUCUGUUAUACCAGUUCCGAUUAGGGGAUGAAAAAUUACAGGCACCAAUGGCCCUGUUUUAUCCAGCAACUUUUGGAAUUGUUGGACAAAAAAUGACAACUUUGCAACACAGGUCACAAGGUGACCCUGAAGAUCCUCAUGAUGAACAUUAUCUGCUAGCCACACAAAGUAAGCAGGAGCAGUCUGCAAAAGCUACAGCUGAUAGAAAGUCCAUGUCAAAGCCUGGUACAUAUGAGGGAGACUUGAGAGGCCAAGCCACAGACAUUUCAGAGAGGAUCUACCCCCAAGAAGUAGAACUGGGAUCUUCCCAAAGUGACUGUAUGAUAUCUGGAAAUGAUUCAGAGGAACCUUUAAGUGCACACAUGUCGAGGAAAACAGCGAUUUCUCAGUUUGAAGGCAAAGCCCUAGGCCUUGACAAAGCCAUCCUUCAUAGUAUUGACUGCUGUGCAUCUGAUGAUACAAAAAAGAAGAUGUACAGCUCCAUCUUAGUAGUGGGAGGAGGUCUUAUGUUUCAUAAAGCUCAGGAGUUUCUUCAACACCGAAUUCUCAACAAAAUGCCCCCUUCUUUCAGAAGAGUCGUUGAAAAUGUUGAAGUCAUCACAAGACCUAAGGAUAUGGAUCCCCGCUUAAUUGCAUGGAAGGGAGGUGCUGUUUUAGCCUGUCUUGACACAACUCAGGAGCUCUGGAUAUAUCAGCGAGAAUGGCAGCGUUUUGGUGUAAGAAUGUUACGAGAGCGAGCUGCGUUUGUCUGGUAACUGGUAUGUUUACAGGAGGGCAUGGUUAAUCGAUCCCGAAAUGUCACUUUUUUCCAGUGCAGAUGUACUGAUUUUCUGCUGAUGUUUUUUUGUUUGUUUGUUUGUUUUAAAUAAAACUAACUUCAACUGAGAUUUUUCCAAUAGUGGUGCAAAAAUCUUAUUGAAUGCAAAUUACUUCAAUAUUGCUAUACUCAUCUUUUCAACUGUAUGCAUUGAAUUUAGUGUACAGAAUAUCACUUUUCUCCAGAUUCACUACAUUUAUAUUAUGUAGGUUUUAAAUAUACACACACACACACUGGCACAAUGUGGGAAUUUGAGAUAUCGUAUAUUGAAAAGGUCAAGUUUAAGCCAAGAUUAAUUCCAAACACACAUACAUAUACACAGAAAUAACACCUGAAGGGUGCAUUCUGUGUGAUUAAUGCCUUACUCCCAUUCCUACACUAAUGUUACCAGGAGAUAAAAUUGUUAUACAAAUGACCAUCAUGGAAAAAGUGAAAUAGAGAACCUAGACUUCAAUUGCUGUUGUAUUUCGCUUCUAUAAUAAUUUAUAUUAUUCAGUGAAAAAACUUAUGAAAGCGGAAUAUAUUUUCUUCCCUGGUCUCAUAAUUAAAAUCUAAUUUUAGCUUCUCAUUUGUGGUAGUGCUCCACUCUUUCCCUAUUUGAAAAGAAAAUCUAUAUAAUACACCUAGAACUAGAUUUAUUUUUUAUAUAGCUCCAAAUAGCUAUUUAUAAGCUUUUAUAUAGCGUGGGCUUUUUCUCCAAAAUCCUUAGCUAUAAACUAAGCCUUAGUUUAUAUAAGUGCUAUUUGUUGUUUUAUCUUCUGUAAUGAAGACUCCCACCACCUGCAAACCAUGCCUUAAAUCCCUAUCUGCAAUUAAAACGUAGGUUAAUAUUAUUAAACCUCUUU